CAGCUACAGAGCGUGGCAGUGUCAGGACAGCAAGACUCCAAGACAAGAAACUAAGUUAAAGAAAAAUUUUCUCGAAACAAAUUACGUUCAGCAUACGAUACUCAAAAAUGGCACUCGGCAGCAUCACCAGCAACAGUCAACAUCCCUACCAAAGACCACAAACGCUGUGCGGCACAACACGCAACAUGUAUCAGCCACAGCCGCGUGCCAUCGCACCUGCACCACACACACCGCCAACCGCAACGAAACCCACAGACGAUAAAUGUUGCAUCAGCGGCACCACGCUCGACUCCAACAAUCCCUCGGUAGUGCGCCGCAACGCACGCGAACGUAAUCGCGUCAAACAAGUGAACAACGGUUUCUCGCAUCUGCGCCAACACAUACCGCCUGCGAUCAUUGCCGAUCUGAGUAACGGUCGCCGUGGCAUUGGACCCGGUGCACACAAGAAACUCUCCAAAGUCGAUACGCUACGCAUGGCUGUGGAAUAUAUACGUCGGCUGCAGCGCGUUAUCGACGAAGUGGACGGCAAGCGUGCGACUGUGUGUGCACCAGCCCAGCCACAAACACCGAGUUGGUCCAAUAUGCCAAGCAGCGCGCACAAUUCACCACCACCGACGCCACCUAAGAGUAAUAUGCAGGCAACGAUAUUCGCUGAUAAGAUACAACAACACUACCAAACACACAGCUAUGCCGAUAACUUGCAACAUCAGCAACAACAACCACACCAACAACUCAUUAACCUCAAGUAUCAACAAUCGCUAAUGCCGCAACAGUAUUUCCAACAGCAUCCGGCUUUGGUAUCACCAGCUGGCUCGGUUAGUUCGAGCAUCGGCAGCGACUACAACAACUCUGAUGCCUCAUUAUACUACACACAUUCACCAACUGCCUUGGCGAGUCCAACGCAAUUUUCGCUGCCUCUGCAAAUGAAAUACGAGCAGCAGUACAGUGAGGAGGCCGCGGCGUGUAGCUCGGGCGAAGAGGAGGAUCUGCUCGACUACAUCUCGCUGUGGCAGGAUGAAGUGUAAAGUCGGCAUCCACUGAGUUGCGCUGCAAAUCGAGUUAGCCACUAGUCAGCUGCCGUAAUUGAGAGACACUGCAGAGAGACUGCGACGCGUCGUAAUUAACCAAUGACUGAAACGAGUAUUACCUCAUUUGAAACUUGUUAGUAUUAUUUAGUCGUAAUUAUUUAUUUGUUUGAGUAUUUUUUGAUGAGCGUUUGUACAAAUGCAUGUUUCAACAUUGUGCCUGUUUGUAGUUUUAAGUUUUGUUAAUUUUAAAUUAAUUCUAGUUUAAGUUUUAGCUUUAGUAAUGGAAGACUAUGAUUUAAAAACAAAUUUUAGAUUUAAAUGCAAACCAACGGAAGACACUAAAUAUACUUACAAUGUAUUAAAAAA